AUGGAAGUCGCCGCCUUCUCUGUGGGGCCUCGCUCGUCGUCGCCUUCCGCUCGCCUCCAGGCGCGCGCAGGGCUGCGGCCGCUCCCCGCGCGCGCGCGGAAGGGACGCAGAAGGAACGCGAGCGAAGAGGUCCGUUCGUGCGUCGCGAACUCGGGAGAAGAGGCCGAGAAGGCGGGAACGCGCGACGAGGAGUCUCUCGAAGACCUCGAAGACGACUACGAAGACGAAGGCGAGGGGGAUGAAGACGACAGUGAGCACGAAGAAGAUGAGGAGGAAGAAGAGGGGCAGCAGAGCAGGGGCCGAACAAAGGGGAAAAAUGGCGCUCGAAGCGCGCGGAGAGUCGCCAGCGGGGGCUCGCGACGGCGCAGAGGCAAGCAGCCGACCAGAGAGGACGACCCGGAGAUGAACAUCGAAGACGACGAUGACUUGUUCGGUGGAGCCUUCACCUCGGAACCCGAGGACUUCAACGACUCCGACUGGCUACAGGAAGAAGACACGGAUGAUAUUCGGUCAGAGAGUUCGAUUGCGGAGAGCGAGAUGGAGGACUAUUUCAUGAGAGACGAAGAGGACGGAGACGAUGCGCCGGCUGCAUCGAGCCAAGGCGCGAGAAGGACGAAGGGGAGAAGAAAGCGAGCCCGCGCGGAGCCCUUCAGCGGGGCGAAGUCGCAGCGCAAGCGACGGCGCAAGCGAACAGCGGCGACGCCGAGCGAGAUGCCUGCCGCGCUGAAGAAGCUUAUGGGAGAAGCGACGGAUUUGUAUCUGAACGGAGAAUUCGAUCGCGCAGUUCAGGUCCUCGAAGACAUCGUCAGACAAGCGCCAGGGCUCCACGACCCCUUCCACUUGCUGGGUUUGAUUUACGAGGAGGCGUACGGCGACAAGCGCCGCGCAGUCGAUUUUUACCUUCUGGCGGCGCAUUUGGUGGUGCCGGGAGAUCCUGAGCUCUGGCGCUACAUCGGCUCGAUGUCGCUGCAGCUGAACAAUCUCCCGCAGGCGAUAUAUUGCUUCCGCAGGUGUCUGCGAAGCGCCAACAACGCGCGGCUCUCCGCCGCAUGCAGCGCAGGCUUCCAUCCUGGAGUGCACCUGCUCCCUCGCCUCGGGGCGGGCGACACCGACCAGGGCGGCAGCGAGGAGGACGACGACAAGGACGACGCCGGUCCUCGAAAGAAGGAGAGAAAACGACGCAGGAAGGGAGGAAAACACGCAUCGAUGGAGGAGGAAGUCGCCUUCUCGCUCGCCUCCUGCUACCAACAGACGGGGGAUCAUUCGCGAGCCGUUUCGCUCUUGUACGCGCUCCUGUCGCUCCGCCCCCGGGACUUCCUCCUUUCUCGCGAGAUUGCUCGGAGUCUUCACCACCUUCGCCGCGCGGUGGAGGCACGCGACAUCUUGGAGGCAGCUGUCCUUCCCCUUCUGCCCGCUCAACUCCGCGACCAAAUCGCGCACCAGGCUGCGGAGCCCCCGCCCGUCGCUGCAGCCUCCUCGGCGAGCUUCGCGACACCAGUGGAGCAGGUGGGAUCAACGGCGGCAGACGCGAAGACGCGAGAGCCUCAGCACGCGCGCGAGGAGAGAAGCCAGGGCGACGCGCAGCCCGCGACGAGCGGCGGCGGCGCGGGCGACGGGCUGCAGCGCGCCGAAGGAGUGGCAGACACGGAUGAGCUUCUUCCUCUUCACUGGGAAGGCCGGAUGACGCUCGAUCCGCUUCAACUCGACUGCGUCAAUCUGCUCGCGGAAGUGUACAGACACCUCCACGAUCACCGCCGGUGCUUUCUUCUCCUCCGCUUCGUCACCCGGGGCUGGCUUGCCUCGCAGUUGCCGGUGGAUCUGCUUGUCAAGCGCGCCGCGGCUGAGCUGUUUGUCGGCGCGAAAACGCAUUCGGCUGACGUUGCGGAGUCGCUCCUCCGCACGGCUGCGGCUCGUGGGAGCUCCCAUGUCGGGGCGAGUCCCUCGGGUGCGCUAGCAGCCGCGUCUUUGUCCUCUCCUUCAUCCCCGUCUGACUCCGCCUCUGGCGACCCUGAGAAAGACGCAGCUGGCGACGCGCGGAGCGCCGCAUGCGCGGAGAAAACGCCUCAAGACGGGGCGAUCAGCGCCGAGUACGUCGAUCUCUUCUUGACGCUCGCGGAUGCCUGGGAGCACGCGGGCGAGUUGCGGCGGUCCCUCGAGCUUUACAAGGCGGUUCAAAAGCUCCCCGAGGUCGCCACCGACACUUCGGUGGCGCUCCAGACGGCGAACUGUCUCGUUAAACUCGGCGAGCUGAAGGGAGCGGCCGAAUUCCUUCAAGGCUGGCUCGCACGGAGCGAGGCUCGAAGGCAGCAGACUGCCGGCGUGCGCGACGCCGAAGUGCGCCUCCUCCUCUGCGACGUGCUGAAGCAGCUCGGGCAGGACUUGGAAGCGGACUACACGCUCCUUACGAUCUCGUACAAGCACUUGCGAGAAAAAGACAGACUGCCCAGAGCGUGGAGCAACGCGGAUCGCGAGCGAGAUCUGUUCGACCUGCGAAGUCAACUUGAGGCGCUUCUGUCGCGUCCGUCUACGCCGGGCUGUCUUGUCUCGCUCUCGUUUCCAACCCCAGGCGGUUUGCCGCAUGCUCCCUCGUCGGUUUCGUCGGCCGCAAACCCCCUUAGCAGUCUCGCCGCUGCCUCGGCGUCUGCCUCCUUGUCUCCCUCUUCUGUCUCUUCUUCCUGGGCGUCGGUGGCGCAUGCGUCCUCCCUUGACCCGCCGUCGUCUAGCGCCGCGCUCCCUGGAACUGUCGCGUCGGCUGCAUCGGACGACGCGAACGCACACGCAGUAUCUUCGCGGUUUCUGGCGCUCGUUCAGGAGUGCGAGUUGGACGCCUGCCGCGUGCUGCGCCAGGCGUGCCGGAAGCGUGUCGAAAUGGCUCAGGACCCCGACGCCGAGCGGUUUUUCUCGCCGUCGCUGCCGCUUGGCCUCGCGCAAGAAAGUUACAGGGCCCUCGCGAGCCCGAAAGCCGCGGAUGCAGGCGGCUCCGCAGGCAGCGCGCUGUCGGCGGACGAGGAGAGGCUUGAGGGCGAGGGCGCCAAAGACGAGGCGGGGAACGCCCAGGGGUUCUUCUCGCUGCUCAACAUGAACAAGAGAGGCGGGCUAGGCGGCGGCGGUGCCGCCAGCAACGGCAGUCGCGUGAAAGAUCCACACAAAGCGCUGCAACACUACAAAAUCAAACAGCACCUGGGCCUGCGCUCCAUCGAGGAUUUCAUAGGCCUGCGCGGCUACUUCGACUUCUUAUGCAGCGGCAUGGAGUUGUUGAGAAGGCAGGGACGGUACGAGGAAGCGGUGUCUCUCCUCGAAUCUGUUCUCGGCAACUGGCGACAGAAACGCCCCGACGGCAACGACGCACAGAAACGGCAGAUUAAGGAGGCGCUCGAAAUCCUCUCUAUCUCGCUCAGUGUGGAGGGCCGAUUGAGCCGGACCGCUCUGGCCUCUCUGCGUCACUUGCUGCAGCGACGCGCAGGGAGCAAGAGGUACCGCAAAACCUGGAAGGCGUUGCUGGAGGUGUAUGGGCGAUUGCUGUUUACGGGCUCGCUCGCCCAGCAGGCAUACAACGCGCUUGCGGCAGCCAAAGAGAAAGAUCUUCUUCUCGAAAACAGGUCGUGGGCGAUUCGGCAGUUGCUGCAGAGGCCUCACAACGACGCGCUGACUCUGGUCGUCGGGCAUUUCUGCAUGCUCUCUUCGCGUUGGCGCUUCGCAGUGGCUGAAUACACGCGAGCUCAUUGCUUGAGGCCCUGGGAUGCGCUCCCCUGUCUCUGCUUGGCCGUGGCGUACCUUUGUCUCUCGACGUCCAACAAGAUUCAGAACAAGCACGACAGCGUUCUUCGAGGCUUCGCCAUUCUGGGGCGCUACUGUCAGCUGAGGAGAGGCUCCUCCACAGAGGUGGAGGCGUGCAGUGAGGCGAGCACAACCUCAAGCGAGGCUCGUAGAGUCUUCACGGCUGAGACGGUUUUCAAUCUGGCCAGGGCCUACCAUCACGUCAACCUUCUACACCUCGCAGUGCCGCUAUACAUCAAAUGCCUCCACCUGCUCGAUACUCAGCCUGAAGAAGGAGAGCGCGGAACGCCCUCAAGAAUGUUUUCGAUGUUUUCUGGGAAAAGCCCAUCGCGCACGCCGCAGAGUGAAAAUGAAAGUCCGAGUGGCGGCGCUUCGGGCAGCCGCUCAGGCGACGUCCCGCCCCCCGACGCCGAUGCUACGAACGAGUGUCAGGACGCGUGGCGCCUCGAUAAGUCGCAAAUUCAGAAGUGUGCAGCGCUGAAUCUCAUCGCAAUCUGGAGGAAUCAACGCGGUCUCGCACAAGCCCGAGCGGUCGCCAGCCGAUAUCUGGUAUGGGAUGAGUAG